AACACCCUGAAACCUUCAGUUGUACAGCUGACGCCUGAAACAUUUAAGUCUUUGGUUGGGGAAAGGAAGAAAGGAGAAACGUGGCUGGUGGAUUUUUAUGCUCCCUGGUGUGGACCGUGUAAUGAACUGGCUCCCGACUGGAACAAACUGGCCAAGCAAAUGCAAGGAGAAGCUGGUGUUGGUUCAGUGGACUGUCAAAAGUACCGAUCAUUGUGCCAAGAGCAAGGAGUGAAUUCAUAUCCUACCAUUCGUCUCUAUCCUCACUAUUCCCAAGGAUCCCGCACCUAUGUGAGCCACCGAGGUUGGCGAGAUGUAGAUUCUUUAUACAGCUGGGCAUUCAAGUAUCUUCCUUCGCUUGUAACACAGCUGAAUUACCAGGCAUUCAUGGACAAUGUUGUCGACAGCGAGGAUCCCUGGAUCAUAGAUUUUUACGCCCCUUGGUGUGGCCACUGCAUACAAUUUGCUCCACAUUAUGAAAAAGUGGCAAAG